AUGGCUCCCGCAGGAUCGGUCGCUCAGGCGACUAACAAAGUUAAACGGCCUAUUUCUAUUCAAACGAAUGGAAUACAUUCGUCGACUUCCUCUCCAUCGCCAUCAAUGUCCGCGGGCAGACUACCAUCAGGUCACAAAUACCCUCCAAACUCAGCUACAAGCAGUGGAGGCGGAAACAGUUCGGGUGUUCGUUCUGCGAAUCGAAAUCGUCCAGGGAAUACACUUGGUCGAGGAAUCAAAAACAACGGUGCGGGUAUGAGAUCUGGCGGUGUCGUGGGAGAAAUUGCUGUAUCCCAAGUUGCGCAUUCACAACCAUAUGUCAAAACCGAGCGCUACAUGAUCGAGAAGUACCGUAGAAAUCCUCCUUCCAUCAUUAUACAUUUACACCCGACGCAUUUCCGAUUUGAUCAUCAACCAGGCAGCUUUUCUUAUGUGUCCCCUAUGAGGAUACUUCUUGACCAUAUUAGAAAGAAAACCAUCCCUCAUGAGUUGAUAGAUUAUUUUGUAAUGUGCGAGGUACCCUUUUACGAAGGUUGCAUGAUUGUCCAGAUCCUCGAUCACAAAUCCAUUGCUCCUCAGCCAACCCCAUCACAACCAAAGGACGGGAACAAGGAAGGUGUUUCGAUUCAUACUCUGAGUAGUUACAUUACACCAUCUGCAUACGCAUCAUACCCUAGGGGCGACACAGAAAAAAGUAAAAACUUGAGGGAGCAAACUGGCGAUGGUCCGACGAAGUCAAAGACUUCCGCCCAGCAAGACAAGGAAAAUAUGCCUGCCCCGGGUGCCUCCAACGAUUCUCAGCGAGGCAAAGCAGUACUAUUACCGGCAAAAGUAAAAGUGACAAUGUGUGUACUUUAUCCAACACCAACUAGUACCUAUAUCGAAAUUGCUCGUAAUUCCACUGCCCCUCGCACACCAGAUAUAGAUAUGCGACAAGAGCGUUCUGAUGGAAGCACAUCAGCUACAUUAGCACAACCACCUACACCAAUCGGGGCUGUACCACCAACUCCCGGUGUAAGCAUGCCACCUCCAGCGAAAAGAUUAAAACAGGCCAAACUUGAGUUUAAUUGCGGUAACAUAUACGCCGCGGAAGCUCAGAUCAUCCUAGCCACUACUGCUCCCUUGGCACUUGAGCCUGCAAAUAGCGCAGCUGAAUGUUCACGGUUAUUGGGGUUAUUGGCUCACCCCAUGCAUUCAGAAAAACCUCCUCAACCAAAGUCUCGUAAAAGAACAGUCGCGGAAAUGGCUGCUGAUGAAGCUCUCGCCGCAGAUGAACAACGUUAUAUGCUCGUUUUGGACGAACAACGCUCUGCGACUGUGGCCCGUGGCUCUGGAAGUGCCAAUGCUGCCGAUGGUGCUGGCCAAGCUGGUGGUGGAUUUGAAGCCCGUUUUGAGAAAUUCAAUGCUCUCGCGAAUAUCAAAAGAGAGAUCGCCGAGAAACAUAUCCAGAAAAAGAUACAAGAGCAGGAGGCCGAGCGAAAGGCCAAGGCCGAGAACGAGGUGCAAAGAAAUAAGGAGCUGGCCGAGGCUCGGCAGAAGGAAGUGGAAAGGCGUCAAAUUGUGGCGAGACAACAGCAACAAGAAGCUCAGCGACGCGCUUUAGCUGCACAACAGCAGCAGCAGCAGCAGCAGCAUCCACAGGCUUUGCAGGGUAUGCCCCCUCAAGCGCAAGGCCCCCAUGCACAUCCCUCCCAGACAAACGGGAUUGUCUCGAGUGGUAUGCAAGCACAACGCUUCCAUCCGCAUCAAGGUGCCCAAGCCCAGAUGUCUUCACCAACCGUCCGAAACGGAACCCCGCAUAGCCAGGCAUCGCCAAUCAUCAAUAAUGGUAUUGGUAAUAAUCCAAUGCAACACUCUACGUCGAGUAUGGGCGGCAGUCCUCCUCGUCCAGGUUCUGUAGUUCACCAAAAUCAUUCUCAGAUGGGUGCCCCUGCAACUCAUGGUAUGGUUCCUCAAAGAAGCCAGCAAAGCCAUGCAGGAACGCCUCGAAUGCACAAUACCACUCCCAACAUUCAAUCUACUCCACUGAACCGAGGACUGACACCAAGGAUGAGUCAAGGGAGCCCUCUCCAAGGUGUGAUGGCGCAAGCACCUGCAAUGGGCCAGAUGGGAAUAAAUGCGACUCAAAUGCAUGUCCAAGGCAUAAGCAAUCUCACAAACGCACAACAGCAACAAUAUUUGAUGCAAUUACGAGCUCAGCAGCAAGCACAGCAGCAACAUCAAGCUCAAGCCAUGGGAGUAAUGCCUAACGGACAACAAUUGACUCCCCAACAAAUAAUGCAGCAUCAACACAUGAGGCAAAUGCAGAUGCAAGCUAAUGCUAAUAAUCCUAAUCAUCAAUUGACUCAAGGUUACCAAAAUCAAUUGGCUGCCAUGCGACAAGCUGGCAUGCCCCCGAACAUGAAUAUAAAUCAACAUUUCAUGGGCAAUAAUAUGAACAUGCAGAACGUACAGAAUCUGGCGUUACAGCAGCAAUUGCAACAACAACAACAAUUGCAACAACAACAACAUCAACAGCAGCAGCAUCAACAGCAGCAGCAGCAACAACAUCCGCAGCACCCGCAACAGCAGCAACCAAUGGCACAAACAAACCAUAUGACGAUACAACAAUUCAUGGCCAAUAAUCAGCCACAGACCCAUCAACAAAUGUCUCAGGUAUAUAAGCAACUCGCCGCUAGAGAGUUGUCAACAGGCGCACAUCCUCAAGGGCUACCGGAACCAGUGAAGAGAAAACUACAGGCGCAAGCUCAACAAAUGGUAUUCCAAAAUAUUAAAAACAGGAUGCAAGGGAUGCAGCCAGGUAUGCAGAUGCAAAAUGGGAUGGGUAUGGGAAGACAACCAGGCAUGUAA